CUUAUCCAUUUCUUUGAGAGAAAAUGCGACGGAGAACGGAAAUCUCGUCGGAAAAACCGAGUUCAGCGAGUCAAGAACCGAGUUCGGAAUCCGAAAUUGAUCAGAAAGAUGCGGGAGCGAAAGUUCGUGUAAAUAGCCCCCGGAGAUCACCGUUCGUGUUUCUUACCUUGUUCGCGUUGAUCGUGUACAGCUCUUGGUCCGUGUAUCAGCACCAGUUCCAGAGCUUGCCGGCGCCUAUCACAGCCGAGCAGGCCGGCAAGAGAGGCUUUUCCGAAAUCGAAGCAUUGAAGCACGUCCAAGCCUUGACCGAUUUAGGUCCUCAUCCCGUCGGUUCCGAUGCUCUCGACCUCGUUUUUGAGCAAAACAGAGGGGAGAUACGGCUGGAGAAGAUGAAGAAAUAUGAUAUAUGAAUACUAUGUGUUGUAGGGUUUAAUAAGCUGACUAAGUAAAGGAUAUGGGCUGCUCCCAACGGUUACUGUGCAAGCCAACAAGCAACAAAAUAAAUGCCCCAACGAGCAGAACCAAAAUG